AUGUCUGGUAGAGGAAAAGGAGGAAAAGGUUUGGGAAAAGGUGGCGCCAAGAGACACAGAAAGAUCUUGAGAGACAACAUCCAGGGUAUCACGAAACCGGCCAUUAGAAGAUUGGCCAGAAGAGGUGGUGUCAAGCGUAUCUCGGCUUUGAUCUACGAGGAAAUCAGGGUUGUCUUGAAACAGUUUUUGGAAAACGUCAUUAGAGAUGCUGUCACCUAUACCGAGCACGCCAAGAGGAAGACUGUCACUUCGUUGGAUGUCGUGUAUGCUUUAAAGAGACAAGGUAGAACCUUGUACGGUUUUGGUGGAUAA